AUGUGCAUAAGAGUGGGGAAUUCUGGAGAUGUCCGGAGCGUUAGAAUCUCGCGUAUCAAACGCAUCUGGUUUAUCAUCUUGUCAGUCGGCCUGUUACAAGGUAAUCCUUUUGAAAUGUUUUGCUUGUGUUUGUAUUGAUCUUACUUCUGGUAGAAACCUCUACGCUCGUAGUAAAAUGAUAUUGAAUCGUUUGUUAAAUUCGUCCCUCUAACAGUUCGGAGACCUGAGUGAGUUACCUUCUCCAAGCUUUUAUUAAAGAGGGAGAAUUUUGCCAAACAAAACUGUCGUGAUAGUUCACCAACAUUUCAGUUUUGUUAACUUAAUUAACGUUUGUAUGAAUUGCUGAAAAUGAACACUGUUCUCGGCCACUUGUGUCAACAACCACUCUCACUAGUUAAUUAUUUUCAUCUACACAAUCUUUUCCUCAAUUAUCAUUAAUCUGAUAAUCAAAAGAGGACCAAAAAUUCCAUCAAUAAAGAACUGGAACCUUUCUGUGACUACUCUGAAGUGAACAUUUAUUUUACGCUCGUCUCACUUGCAAUUGUGUACUUUACACUCUAAAUCUUACGAAUUUACGAAUUCGACAGCGUCUUUCUGGGUCUUCGAAACAAAAUUCAUUCCAAAAUAUUGACGAUCCCCCGUCAAAGUUUGAUUUUUUAGAAUAAAGGGAAAUGGCUCGCCUGUAAUUGCUAAUGGGAAUAUAAUUUCCGUUUGUCUCUGUUUAAAGUUCAAAAAGCGAGAAGACUCACGGUUCACGCCUCGAAGACAGGUAUUUCUAAAUAAUUUAAUGCUCGAGUUUAAAACCGGUUUCGAAAGCAAAAAAGGUUUAGUAGCCUUUUGAUCUAGAUCGGCUGUUUUAUUUUUGAUUUGAAAUAUACCUUGUUGAUUUAGAAACCAGUUGUAAGGAUAAAGCAACGUGUUCUCGUAAAAUUGACCUUCGAGUUAUGUUUACAUAAACAAUAAGAAAAGCUACCUGCUAAGUCAAGUGUCGACCCAUGUUCCUGAUCACCGGAUCUCAAAGGCGAGAAUCCCUGAAAAAUUUUCACGUUCGCAGUAAUCCCACUUUUGAAAGAAUGCCCCAUAUCAAACCUGCCAUGGGUUCGAGGACAAAGAGACAAGUGUUCAAUUUUAAGAAAAAAUUGGUUUUGCAGAAAUUUCGUUCUCAGUAUCUUUUAUAAUAGACUUGUGGUUCGCUAAUGCGUGUUUCGUUUGUUGGGCAUCUAUAAAUGUCUUUGCGAUUUUCCACCGUUAAGUUCCAUCAAACUCUCCAAGAAUGAAGAAACUAUCAUUAGAAAUAGCGCAAUUUCGCUGGAAGCUAGCAAUUACAAUGAAAUGAAAGGAUAUCAUUCUUGCGUCAAAAGAAAGAUCGUCAGAUCAUACUCUUCAAUUUACUGUGUCGAAAUCCGACAGGUUUUUGCUUCGUCAAUUAAAACUAGUUGUUUGUUUAUUGUUCGGUAUACGGUUAGUAAGUUAAGUUAAUUGUCCGAAGAUAACUUGUGAUUGUUGAAGUUUUGAAAUUGUGAACGAAGAGAUUACUUGUGGAACAUCAAAUAUAUACGUUAGAGCAACACAAUUUUGUAUAAAGCUAUGUGUUCUAGUGAUUUUGGUUUCUUCUUUCGUACAUAAAAUAUGUCGGAAUUGAUCAAAUAUUCGUGUAAGUUUGCGCUGUUUUCAUUGCGGAAGUAAUUAGUUGUGAGUGGAUGUCAUUCAUGUAUGAAAGACCCUUUUUUCUAUGAAAAAAAAACUUCUUUUAAUCAUUUAUAUCAGCAAAAGGCAAAAUCAAAAGUUAGCUGAAACAAAGUUGUUCCAUCUAGAAUGAGUUGGAAAAUGGCUGGAAAAGUCCUUUCUCUCCUUUGGGAUGAAGAGGAACUAAUUAAGAUUUAAAGAGGGCGAACUAAGGACUGUAUCCAUGCUUUUAUCAUGAGCUACUUCUUUUUUUUUUUUCUUUUAACAAGUAAAGCGCCCCAAUAGAUCCCUUCGAGCGCAUAUUUUGAAUCACAAUCUCGUUUUCCUUUCGUGAGCUUAUAUUUUCCUCAUUUGGACGAAAUACAGUUUCCUUUAUUUGUUUUGUUUCACAUGAAAAUAUCUUUAUGAUUUAUGUAAAAAAGCUUUUAGUUUCAUUGCAUAAAGAAUAUUGGUAAUAGUGAGGGUCGAAGGUCUUUGUUUGACGUUCCUGAAAAUCUUCAGGGGAAAUCCUUUGGCUCCCUUUCAGUGGAUUGUGUGACAUGUCACCUUUUUGAGAGGCGUGUACCUUGAGAACCUUGUGAUCUUUGAUGUUAUGAAGUCAACUUAUCUCUUUUUUUAGAUCAAGGCGUGGUUUUCAUUGAAUUUUUGCGAGAAAUAUCAUCGACUAACAAACCGCCAAGGUCGUUAAACAUUUAACCGCUGAAGUCAAUCCCUGCCGGCAAUCCUUGAAAGCGCUAAUUAAGAGAUUGACAAAACUGAUCACCAAAAAGCUUUUUGACGCGACGGAACUUAACUCAUCAACUCCUCAGAUCACAUAAGCAAUUCUCCUUCUUGUCUGCCUUGCAAUCUUAUGAUGUUAGUUCGAGGAAUUUUGGCAUCGGAUCAUCUAACAGUCCCCUAGUUGAUAUUUUUCUUUUUUCUCAUCACUUGUCUGCUAAAUAUUGUAUUAUAUUGUAAGGAGAAAUACUGUUUCGGUCACUGAUGGGAGUUAAAGGGUUAAGGUUUUCCCAAAGUUAUUUCUGACGUCGAAAAAAUGAGGGAACAGAGAGGCUCAGAGGGGGAAACCAGGGCUGGCAUGAAGUCGAUGCCACCAAAGUUAGUCCUAUAGUUCUGACGAAGAAGGGGAAAACCGUUUCUAAAGACGCUCCCAAUGUGAAUAUGCGUUCCCAAAUUAAUAUUUUCAUUCUUUUUCAAAUGUACUUUUUAUCUUGAAACAAAUUUUCCCGCUUUCAUCAAUAAAUUGCUUGUAUUUGGUCAAUGUUAGCCUUGAUGCCGACUUAAAUGUAAAUAGACCGCCGUUCGAGACCAUAGGUAACUUCAACUGAGCUCGGCAUAUCCCGAGGCUUAGACCAGAAGCUGUAUACUCUUGCCCAGAUCUCACGAAAACUUCUAUGUUCUGCCACCUUUUUUGCAGGCCCUUCGCAAGCUUUCUUCAACGAUUCGUUUCAGUCGUCUUCUCCACUUUCAACGAAUCUGACUGAUCCCGGAAAAGAUGGAAUCCACCUUCUCAAUGCACCAUCAUCCUCAGAAAAACAAGACCUUAAAAAUAAACGUCGUUUGGGUGUUUCUUCCGCAAAAGAAAUCAGAAGGCGUUCGACGAGAGCCAAAGCCCCAGGCGUGUCUAAUAAAAUACCGCUCGAAAGAGCAAACUUUUCUGAUGUCACGUUGACUAUUAAAGCCCAGCGGAUUCCUUCACAAAAUGUUACCCAUUUUUCUAACAAUGUCACUCAUAUAUAUGAUUUAACGCGUUCUUUAAAUGAUAUAAACAAGCUUAGAAGUGCCUUACAAACCUCUCGUGGUAAUUCUAGUCCCAAAAAACAAGCUUCUACUGGGAAAAGAUCUAGGAAAGGUGGCAAAAGAAGAGCUGAGAGAGAUCUGAAACUAUCGUUAAAUAAACCAGAUCGGUCAAAGCUUCAGACACAUUAUGAACGAGAGAGUAAAAGGGACAUAGCUAAAACACACUUCAAUUCAAGCGAAAAGAAAAGGAGAAAAUACUCUUCCAAGGUUACCAGCGGUCAGCAUCAUCGUACACGUUUAAAGCAUCAGGAAAGAAGCUUAGGGAGAUUUAAGCGUAACAUUGCCGUUUCUGAUAGUGAUGAACUUAAACAAAAACGUUUUAUGAUGAAGAGACGGUCUUUGCAGCAUCUUCCUUUUCGUCUUGGUGGUGAACGAGUCUUACUGAGAUUCAAACGAAAGUCGAAUUUGGGACAGGACGAUGUCGUGGCACAGUCCAGCGACUUGAAAGAACACAAAGGGAAAAAAGGCCGGCAAACACCCCAACAGAAACAUUUUAAACCUCGAAGUGUGUUUCCAGGAAAAUCAUCCACAUUUCCCUUAAAUGGGGUCAUAAAGGGAGAGUUCCUGAAGGAAACAGAUUGGAGGGCACCAAGUGCGACAAUAAAUUCUUACAACAAGGCUCUUGUUGAUAGAAAUGUAAUUCCUCAUGCGACGUAUGAUCCAGUAGUAUACGGGGCAAAAAGUUCUUCUCUAUCACUGAAUCCGAACAAACUAUCCUCAGUUCCUAAGGAAUACAGUGCAGUUGAAAACCGGAGACAGAGCGUUUCUAACAUUAACAGAGCUCUUUAUCCGCUUGCAUCGACAGUGAGUUUUAUUCCAAAGAGUAAUCAAGCUAUGACUUUGAAAUCGGAGCUAAGGACACCACAAAUUGCUUCUCUCUGGCGCACAGUUUUGCAAAACGCCCCUGUACCUAGCCAUUCGAAUGUUCCACAACCAGUGAGAUAUGAAUACGGAGCUGGACAGCAACAGAGAAGUAGCUUACAGAACACCGAUGAUCAGAGUAAAAAGCAGUUUAUUCCCACUUCACAGCGUGCCCUCUACAAUUAUGGACAUCAAUUCAAUUAUCAGCCCCAGUUUAUAAAAUCUCAGAUAGCGCUUGCAGGUGGCAACCCACGAAUCACCUCCUUUUCUCAAAUGAGGCCAACCAAACCAUUGCCAUUCUUUCGGGAGGGGGCAAGAAUAAAUCCAGAAUGGCCCUUAUCCUCGCCUACUGCGAAUCUUAACAAUCUAUUAAAUUUUGAAAACGGUUUGUCACAGAGAUCAAGCGUUCCGCAAGGGCUUGUCUUGUACUUGGAUUUAGAGAAUGUGCAAAACGGUAGAGCGACGUAUGCAUCUUUAAAUGGAGAUGUAACUGGCACGGACAAGCGAACAGAGAUCACAAAGUUUUUCGGAUCAUGUGGAAAAGUUGCAAGGCUUAACAACGGAAGCGAGAUACUUCUCAACGGCAAGCAGUUGAAGGUAAAUACAUGUAGUGACAGUGAAUGGGUUUAAUGAGAUGGCUGCACAAUAUGCAAGUUUUUUUUUUUUAAGUUGAAGCUGAAAGUGGACUAGAGUAUGACCAAUAAUCGUUAGUUGUUGUGGUCAUGAUAGAUUGAACAGCUUUUCAAACGUCGCGUUCAAACUGUGCUUAAUCUGGUUUUCAUGACUGAACCCCCCUUAAAACGCCAUUUAUAGUUAUCUAUGCUCAUCAAUUUCCAAGUUGUCUUAUUACCAUCAACGCUUCCUGCAGAUGCAUCAAACCUAAUAACGACUUAAAGCUGAAGUGAUAAACAUGAUUGGUUUACCUUGUGUCUUCUGCAUCAUUGCGAAAGAAAACGUAUUCAAGUAAACUUUUGCAUGGGAUUAAAAAGGUGGUUCUCGUAACUAUAAAACAGUUGUUUCAAGUUGCGCUAUACAAACAAGUUUGCAGCUAAGCUUUUUAGAGAACUUACACGCUGAUUUUAGUAGUUUUAAAUCACUCAACAUACCGGAUGAAUUCACAAGGCAUUUACAUAAGAGGCGGGCUAACUUCUUCAAAUUUACAUUGUUCAUGUCUCGCCGAAAAAAGUGCUAAAUACUGUGGGAGACGAUGUAAACUCAUUUCCUCGCUGCGACUUAGGACAAAGAAUGGAGUAGCUCUUUGGGCAAACAAAUUUCUCGACAUUUUUAUUGGGUUAGAUAUAUCAGGAGAAUAGACAUUAUGUCUUUCUUUUAAGUUUUAAUCUUGGAAUCUCUCUUCAGAUGAAACCCCGUCAAGCCGUAAGCAUUGCAGCAUGGAUAAAACUCGAUUCUAACAAGGGUUAUCACUCGAUAUUCGACACAGUAGGUGGCCAUUCUAUGCAUCAACAAGGACAAUAUCAUUUCGAAAUUCAAGAUGGCAGCGUUCGGUGGUUCCACAGGAAUGAAACUGGGAUCAAAAUCUUCAGCGUUGAAACAGGUAUGUCGGCGAUUGACAACUCAAAUGAGUCGUCAAGAUCAGCUCUUUGUUAUUUCUUCUUCUGCGGGAUAAUUUGUUCUUUUGGCGGAAAAAAGUUAUUGCGUAAGUAUGAUGAAGUACGCCUGAUGUACUGCUGCGAAGUUUACAUUUGCUUUAAGAACCUUUCACUGACCUCACCUUGAUCUACUUUAUAUGAGUCUAUCUGGAGCAGUGUCUUUUCCGAGGUUCUGCGGUAUGGAGCAUGACGGGUAUUUCUAUUCCUUAACGAUUGUUCGAAAGUCCAGCUCAAGUAAUGUCGUCUGAAUGGGAAGGGUUGUUCGGACUUUGACUGAUGCUCAAGGGAAAAAGCAGGUCAGCGUUUGUCUAUGAGUUUAUUUCUCGAGCUAAUGAGUUGCUAAAAUAAUAAGAAAGAAAAACUUUCUGAGUAAAUAUACCAUUGCGAAGUCCAAUGCUCACAAAUGGCCAAAAAUAUCACAAUGGUCACUGAUAAGCUUUUCCUGGCUACAAGUGUGAGCUGAUUAUGCAGAGACCGUCAAAUAUCCUUGGGCAUGCAUGUCCACAAUAAAAAAUAGAGGCAUUUACCCUUUCAAUUUUCUACAGAUCCAAUAAUUCCUGCAAAUGUUUGGAACCAUGUAGUCGGCACGUAUGACGCGCACACUGGUGUCGCUAAGAUUUUUGUCAAUGGAGGACUAAAAGCAGAGGCUGCCGGGAAGGGUCUACUGUCUCAAGACUGGGAUGCGCAUGCGGGAAUCGGAAAACACAAGAACCAAAGGUUUCUCCAGGGAGAGGUGGACGAGUUUAGGAUUUACAACAAGGCUUUGUCGCAGGAAGAAAUUGGAAAACUCAUUAAAGUAUGCAGUUUUGAAAGAGGUUAGUCUGAGAUAAUUGGGUAGUAACACGGUGGUUAAACGUCUGUGUAUGUGCUAUCGUUGUUACGGCUAAGAUGCGUAUUUUUAGGCUGAAAGCCGAGGAGCCAAGUUAUUUCAAAGGAUUUAUAUACGACCACACAAACUAGUAAGUCACGGUGUUAAGGGCACUUUUCGAUUGAGUUUCGUAAAAAAACAAACGCCAAAGUAAUCCCAACGACCGGUCGGAAGAAAGGAAAAUACUUUUUAGAGCCAAUGAGAACUCAGACUAAAAAAAAACAAACUGCUUAAAGCGCGGAAAAACGUGGGCGACGAAGGCGUGAUUGGUUUUGCAUCUGAGUGGAUGAGAAAGUGACGCAAGUUUUUCUGGACCAAUCACAGAGCGAAAUAAAGAAAAAACAAAGGAAACCCAGAUUACUUUUUUACGCAAUUGAAAAUUGCUCUAAACCUGUAUACCUUUUUCCAUAAAGAUAAAAACAAAAGGGUAAGUCAGAACCAGUUGUCCUUUUUUUCCUUUUCAGUUUAUAUACUUAGUAUUGAUUUACUUGAGAUCUCUCUCUUUUCCUUCCCUUUAGUUUGCGGCGGCCUUUUUAACGGUCCAAAAGGAAUUUUGGAAUCACCGGAAUGGCCUAGAAGCUAUAAAGGGAAAACCACUUGUGCAUGGCAUCUGUCUGUUGAUCCGAGGGAGACAAUCACGCUUAGUUUUAAACGCUUCAGUUUGGAUGAAGACGGGACGUGCAAAAAUGCCAAACUUAUUGUUAGAGAUGGAAGUGGAGAAAAUUCGGAGGCACUCGGGGUUUACUGUGGAACCAAGCGGCCGACAGGGAUAACAUCGAGCGGGAAUCAUUUGUUUGUACAGUUUACCAGCACUGAGGGAGGGAAAGGGAAAGGUUUUCUCAUUUCUUACAACACAGGUAGGAAGUAAAUGAGAUCAUUAGCUGUUCGGCCUUGUUUUUACCGGGUUACUUUUGGUUUAAGAGCGUCCACAGUAAAUCGGGAUUGCUUUGCUUUUGAUUUAUCAGGAAACGUCUCUCUACCCUUACUUCCAAUCAAAUACCAAACUUAAACUAGUCGCGACUUUGUAAUUGGUCUUUUCCCGUCAGCCUUUCCAUGCCUAUACUUUAACCUCUGUAUGGCUCCAUGUGAACUUUUCUUCGGUUCCGGAUUGUUUUUAUGGCUUUUCAUCCGAAGGCCUUCUCUUUUGAGAAGCGGAAACAUUGUUUAAGGAAUGAACAAAAUAACACCUCAAAGCAAAUGAACAUGGUCAGUUAGAUGUUUGACUGUGUUCCUCGCUUGAGUUAAAUGUAUAUCAGUUUUUCAAGCUAAUUCGUCGAUCAAUUCGAAGCUUCAACAUCCCCUCGGCCAACCCCCCAGUAAUUUAUACUUCUGAAGAUUGUUUCGUUCAAAUUCCUGCCUUCCCCCCCCCACCCCUGGCAAAAAUUGUGUUCAAAUGCCGCACUCAAGCACGUUUUUUUAUUGAACGAUUCUUUUAGAUCAACGAAUAUUGUACAAUUUAGCAAACUCACUUACUAGUUUUUGAUGCUGGUGUUUGUAUUUUUUUCGCUUUUAGGCAUAAUUCUACGGUGUGAAAAUUUUCUUCUAAGUCACUAACUCACGAAAGCGGACUCUUUAUCUUUAAAGUCAUCCAUGUUUAAAAUCGAGACCCAUGUAUUUAGUUGGCUCAACUUCCACACCCCACCCAGAAACGAUUCAAAUUCCCCACCCCUGGGGCGCGGACGACGGUCAAAUGCCUAUGGGUUACCCGGGGGAACGGAUUUUGAAGUUUCGAUUUGACUAACGCAUAAGACAUAUACAGACCGCAGUAGGCAAAACACCAAAUGGUUGAAUGAUAUUACUUUUCGUUUUCUAGAAACCGUCCACCAGACCAAGAAAACCGAAAAACCACCCACACCUACACAAGCUGACGACUCGCAGAGAUGCGCCGUAACAAGACCCGAAUAUAAUGUUACACUGAUUGGCGGCAUCAAAUCCGGGAUCUUCUCUGAGGCAAAGCACGUGCACGACAUGGACUUGUGCACGAAACAUUGUUGUUUACGAAAGUCGUGCGACUUGGCUUUCAUGAUCCGGGACUCGUGCUAUUUGGUGCGAUGUACCAAUCAGAGUUUAUGUAAGACCAAACGGGCGCGACCUUCAAAUAUGAACCCCAGUAUCACUUUUGUCUCACACUUACUGUCGGUGACACCCGAGCCAGGUAAGUUGAUAUGCGAUGAUUGCAAUCCCAAAUUGCAAUUAUCUCUUAAAUUCGUUUCUUCACCGCGGUGCAAAUAUAUGAAUUUCAUAUAUCUAAAAUCAUUAUUCAUUAACUGGAUGGUUUAUUAGGUCCCAACAUAUUGACCAGCUCCCAGUUGGCUUGUUAGCUCAGUUGGUAGAGCGCUGCACCGGUAUCGCAAAGGUCAUGGAUUCAAAUCCCGUUCGGGCCUGAAUUUUUUUCAGGUCCUAUUUUCAACUACUUGUUCAGUAGUGUUCUUAGCUGCGAGGAUCUCUUAAAUUCGUUUCUUCACCGCAGUGCAAAUAUAUAAAUUUCAUAUAUCUAAAAUCAUUAUGCAAUCCGAAAGUUACCAAAAUCCAGGUGUUCACAAGACUGGCUUCUAAUUCUAAACUCUGAUUCCAGAUGUUCCUAAAAACGGAACGUUUGAACGGCUGAAAAAAGUAAAUAAAGCUUCUAAGCGACGUUUACACUAUUCAUGUAUUCGCCCUCUGGAUAUCAAUCAUUGCUUAAAUUUUCUAGUUUUCAAAUGCCAAUUGCAAUUUUGCAGUGAGUGGUUUGAUAAAUAUUUCGCUUCCACGCGCGGCAUGUCACUUUGCUCGCUGUGUGAAGCUCAAAGUGUUUUUUUCCUUUCAUGAUCAAGUGCAUGUUGAUAUAUAUCCACCGUACGUUAAUCCUUUCGUCUAAUAGACAUCGACAGAAUGGUGUUAAAACACAGUGUUACAAAAGUCACUCAUAGUUUCAAGGUUAACUCCAACUUCUAGUGACCAGCGACUUAGCUUGUAAAAUGUAAGCACAUUGAAUAAAGUUGUCCAAUAUUAUAAACGGUGAUCUCCAUCAAACUUAGUAUAAUUGAUCAGAAGCUUUGGUACUGAAUAUUUCUUCUUUUCCUUAGAACUGCCUGUAGAUGGAAGCGCUUACAACAAGGCUAUCACCUCAAGUAUAUCCAAACCAACAACAUUACCCGCUAAGGACCAACCGAUUUGUCACCACACGGCUGUGAGCUACAACGUUACUCUGGUCGGCGGGAUCAACGCAGGAAAAUUCAGCACGUAUGGUCGAGCCCGCAAUAUGGAUGAGUGCAUACGUCAUUGUUGCCGUGACGACAAGUGCGACGUGUCGUUUAUGAUCCAGGGAAAUUGUUACGCAGUUGAAUGUGCGGAUGCGGAGGGGUGUCAGGUGAAGCGAGCAAAACCUUCCUCUUAUAACCCUACUGUGGCAUACGUGUACCGUGGCAAUGAAAGACCGAUAGGGGGUAAGUAAAGAGUAUAUUUUUACGAGGCAUCUCCCAGAGCAUCAUUUCCUCAAGCAACUCUUAAUUUUCUGGAAUUGUUAAGCUCUGAAUCUUUCGCUUAGAAUAAGGUUUUCAUGGUUACUGAAGUUUAGUACACUCCAUUUCAGCUUACCUGCCUGGAUGGUUUUUUGCGGUAAUUUCCGCUGCCCUCUCGUAUUAUCCAGUGCAGAAAUGUCGUUUCAGUCUGGUAAUUGGCGUGCUUCCUUGACUUCAAAACCUUGUUUGGUUAAUUAUGCCGCUUUCUCCUCUGUUGAGUGGUUGUCCGCUUAAUAUCAGUCACAUUUUUAUAUUUUCCGCCGGGAGUAAAAUAUGUGUGAACCUCUCUUAAUACAUGUCACAAGCCUGCAACAAGAAGCUCGCCUUUCCUCUUUCCCUUCCAGGCUUCCCAUAUCGAUCAACGUACAGUCAACAAGGGUGAACGUAAUCAGAUACCAAUUAAGUAUUCAUCAUAUUGUAGUCAACCAGUUCGCCUGGGUAUAGGGAUUGAGAGUACGAAACCUUGACUCUGCCAUCGGAGAGAACGAUCAGCUCUAGAGGUUGCAAGAUAUGAUGAGCUUUUGUCUAUUUCGCUUAAUGCUAUUUCUAUUUCUUUAUUCCCAGAUCCUUUACCAGGUGCUGAAAAGCCAAACUCAGACGCUUGUGAUAAGUUGUCCGUCAGUAACACUAUAUUCAACGUGACUCUUCGUGGGGGAAUCAAGUCAGGGAACUUCACUGACAAAGGCGUGGUCAAGGACAUGGACGAAUGUUCAGCCUAUUGCUGUGCAGACGGACAAUGCAACGUGGCUUUUCUAAUCCGGGACAACUGUUUCUUAGUAUCGUGUAAAGAUUAUGAGUCGUGCCAAAUAAAACCAGCGCUUUCUGAAUAUUAUCACCCAAGACUGGCUUACGUGAAUUGGAGUCCGCCCGAUGACGAAAUUCCAGGUAUUAUUUUAACUUGUUUAAUUCGUCGAGUCACCGUUUUACUUAUUUCUUUGUUUUUCUUUUUCAACUCAGGGAUACCAAAGUUUGAGACAUGUUAUGCUUACUGUUAGGGUUUAAGUGCGAUUCGAUCGAUUGAGGUGAAACUAACACCAAAGUCAAUCCAACGGCGAAAAUGUUUGAAACGCGGAAGACAAAAGUGACCGAGUUGCGAUUACUUUAAGUGUCUGGUUGGUUGAGAGGGUAAGGCCAGCUUUCUCAAGCAAUCGAAGCGUGCAGAGAGAAGCGAAACCAAUGCAGAACUGAGUUUCGUUUGACAACAGUCUCACUGGACUCUCCAAAUCCUACUUUGUGUUUUACAGCCAACAGGUGGUAUGCGUCUUUAGGUUGCUGGAAAGACACGGAAUCGUUUGCAGUUUCCCCUUUGGAAGGCGCAGAUCCUCUGCUAACAGAGCCUUAUCUCACACGACAGAAGCCAAUCGACACAUGCGCACAAGUAGCAAGAAAGCACGACUACAAAGGUAAGCUGUUACCGUUUAGCUCCUCGUGAUCGGGCGGAGGGGGACUAAAUUAAAUUUGAUGUCGGUGACAGUGUGCCGUAAACAUCUCAAUCAAAUGCUCAGCGUUCUUAGCGGCAAUAAAUUUUUAGUAUUCUGAUCGGCUCGGUAAUCAAAUUUAGCAGCUUGUUUAAACUGGUUUGACACUGUGUUGAAAUUAACUUAUAUGAAUGUACACCAACGUUUGAAAUGCAAAGAAAGAUUGCUAUAAGUUGUAACCAAUGAUUUUUUUUUUGCUUGUCUCAGUUUUUGCCAUCCAGAAUGGCGGAGCCUGCCUAAGCGGUCCGAAAGCGGGAAGAACGUUUAACCAGUUUGGCGAAUCAUCAUCUUGUAAGGCAGGAAAGGGAGGCUUGUUCGCCAAUGAUGUCUACCGACUGACAGAUGUUGGUGAGUAUUAAAGAGAAAGAUUGAUGUAAUUUACACGCAGAGGUUUUAAUUCAGUUAUAAACGCUCCCCGAUUCAAUUUAAAUUUCAGGUUACAUCUCGCUCGGUUGCUGGAACGACUCCAGUAUCCAUGCCCUGCCUGUAAUGGAGCACUCAGAUGAAAAAUUAGACGAUUUUUACAAAUCACGCCUCGAUCCACUGCGCAAGUGCGGAGAGGUGGCGCGAAAGCGAGGCUAUCCUGUGUUCGCUCUUCAGCGAGGAGGAAUGUGCUUUGGUGGACCCCGCGCUGAAAUUGACUAUAAAAUGUAUGGAAUAUCAAGGAGAUGCAGCGAUGGGCUGGGUGGGACUUAUGCCAAUAGCGUAUAUAGACUAAUAGGUGAGAUAAAUCAAAUCAAACGCAUUUCCCAUAGGGAACUUACCCGAGACUCAACGUUGAUAACAAAACGAAAACGACUUCUUUGUUAUCCACCUUCAGUGAUUUUCCACACGGCCCUAUGUCUUCGCUUAUGUUUUGUUUCAUCGUCAUCUUCACAUAUAAUUUUGAUUUGUUGGCAGUUUCAUAGUCUAUCAACAAGAGGAUUUUGUUCACUAUCUACGAAAAAAUUACUAACUUGAAGACCAGGUGCAAACUUCACCUCAUAAGAACUUUGUAAGACGAACAAAAUUUGAUUUCUGAGACCAGACAUAAAAGCUUUGAAAAACAACCUCGCAAGAUGAUUGUUAACUUAAUCAAUAGUAAGAACUUCUCACUUUUCCGAUGAAUAUGGCUCGCUCUCUUGUCCAUACCAAGUUUCCAUAAUAAACCAAGGUACCUGUAUUACAGAUAACUUGGAAGUGGAGCCAACAGAAAGCACAAACAACUUCACUUCUCCUUCUGGUGCCACGGGAAGCUCAACCUCCAGCACAGCGACCACGGGAAGCUCUUCAAGCCCGUCAUCCACCAAUUUCACCCCAACCACGUUUAGUGGAACACAAAGAUCACCCACCACUUCGCCGUCGCCAACACCUGAAAUCCAAGAAAACUACCUUACUCUUCAAAACGGCUUGCCACACAAGAACACCUAUACAGCAGGUGAAAUUCUGUACAAUGUAACGCUGAAGUAUGGCAUUAAAACAGGAAAGUUUAGCGACAAAGGGAAAGUCGGGAACAUGUCCGAAUGCGUGCGCGCUUGUGGAAGAAUGGAAACUUGUAGUCUAGCAUUUAUGCUUGGGAAGCAAUGCUUCGCCGUGGCGUGUUAUAGUGAUGCUCUCUGUCUCACAAAACCUGCGUUUUCACCGUUUUACAAGCCACAGAUAGCGUUUGUGAAGCACACAAAGGAGAUUGUCUCAGGUGAGAACAGAAUCUUAUGUUGCCGUUAGUAGAGUUUUUGUAAUUUCAAAAUUUGUGAAAGAACUGUCUCAGACUUUUUUGCCUCACUAAAAGUUCAAAUGUAAGCGAUAGGAAGCUUGUAAAUUAAUAUAUGAGUCAAUUCAUAAGUUAAGCGAAUCCAGGAGUUUAUAAUGGGAGGGGGGCGGGAAGUUGGGAGAGAGGAUUCCAAACUGUGGUUCAGAAAACACGGAAAUGUUUCUUCCAGGCAAAUUAUUCGAUAAAUCUAUACCCAUCUCCCUUCGUUGUGCGGUAAUAUGCGAUCUGUCGUUGCGAGAAUCUUAGUAGUAAAAAUACUACAAUUCUUGAUAGACGUGGAAACAAAACCCUCAGUCCCUCCUAGUGAAUACGCCACUGCUAUUGAUAGAGAGCGGCCAUUCUCCUAGACACUUAAUGCGCAAAAAACUGAGAGGUAAUUACGACAACUUUCUGAACUUCUGCCUCUUUACUUAAUUCAGUGUACAUGCUCAACUGCACAUGCGUUGAUUUUCCCUUUGUUUUUGUUUUGAAGCCAACAAACCCAAACCUUCAGAUGUUUCUCAAUGCCGCGCAAGCGCAGUUCACAAUGACGUCACACUGGUUGGUGGGAUAAACGCAGGAAAGUUUACUGAUCUUGGCGACGCUGACAAUAUGAGUCUUUGCACACAGCGGUGCUGCAUGAAAGGCGCUUGCGAUGUAGCGUUCAUGCUUGAAAACGAAUGCUACGGUGUGAGCUGCUUGAAUGAAUCACUGUGCGAGUCACGUCCCGCAAGAAAUCCCGCAAGGUACAACCCGCGAAUUGUUUAUGUGUAUCACGACACAAAGAAAGAUAAAGGUAAGUUUGUGGAUUAUUCCUGUUCAAGUUUGUAUUUCGUAGUUAUAUCCGUAGAUUAUUGACUCAAGAAAAUAGAGAAGUCGCACUAUGGGCGUCACACUUAAAUGUUGUCGAGAAUUCCAGUUUAGAGCCUCGUUCAGGUGACAGAGUUGUUUUUUGAGUGAAAACACUUUACUCAUACACAGACUUUCUCCACCCAAGAGUAUAGAAUUAACAAACAGAUUGCGUUUUUUGACGUCAAAUUUAUAGUAAGAACAAAAAUGUGGCCCACGGGGCGCAGACGAGUGUGUCACUGGGUUCUUACCACAAUUUGAUGCAUUCUGUGAUGCAUUACUGUAAAGGCCCUCAGAAACAUGGAAUCUGUUUGUUUUAUAUAAUAAGGAAGCAAAUUUUUAAUGAUGACGCUAUCUAUGCGUCUGCUCUCUAAUAGAUCAUAAGAAAGAAAAUGCUGGGUUGGGUUUUUACCCACCACGGGAUAGCAUAGCAGCCAUGAGAAGUAGCGAGACCCCCAACCUUAUAUGAAAUGGAAACCAGGAUAGGUUCUAACUGCAAUAGACCACUUAGCUAACAGAGUUAAAGACCCAGUAUUGGCCAUUAUGCAUCGCGCGCCUCUGUUUUUGUGGUUUUUUUUCACGAAAACGAGGCUUGCAAUGUUUUCCCGAAGCUUGUGCAAUAAUUAACGCCGAGUUAAUGGCCGCCGAUAGCCAACGCCGCGCACAAUGUAUACUGGUCAAAACUGGGUCUUUAAUUUGAAGUCACGUUCAUUUUGUUCCAAACAUUCAAUAAAGUAUCAGAUGGUGCUGCUGGAUGCCUCAACUCUCCCUCAGUUUAUUCGUUAAAGUAUAUUUGCCUUGAACCUUGUUCCACAGUGUUAAACCGGCCAAAACUUAAGGCUCUCAUGAAAAUCAUCAGGCGCCUAUUGUAUGGAAAGAAGCCACAAAAACAGACUGCAGUAAACUUUACACCUGUGAAUGACAAAUACGGUGAUGGCACUGACUUCUCUGUGGAAAAAGACGUGAACACUGACGUAAACACUGACGCAAAUAAUGACGUAAGCAAUAAAGUUAGCACGUCUGUGAAGACAUUCCCUAGUGACAAUCAAUCAAUGAGUAAAAUCAUAGACGAAAAUUUCUCUACCGACAUGUUUACGCCAACGACGCCUCAAAUGCGGUUUGAAACACUUAUAGCGAACAUUGAGGGAGGACAAAUGAAUGUGUACGCUCUGCCAGUCUUUCAUGGUGAAGAUCAGACAAUUGCCACUGCAACGCCAGUUACAAAAGUAGACUCAGUUAAAACAACUCAGAUAACGCCCCCGCGGAGUAUUCUGGGUGUGUUCAUGAAGGAGAUGAAUUCUCCCAAAACAAACCACGUCGCAUCUAUUAACGAUUUAGCGUCACACGAUAAGACGUAUGGUAGCGCAUCUCUUAUUCACGCGCUAUCAAAUACGCAUCACAUGACUGUUGACAAAGUUUUGAAGGUGCUUCUCCGCAAAUUCCUUCAUAAAGUUGUCAAUAAAAACAAACACAGUAGGAAGUGGAGAGAUGAUGACAACCAAGAACGUCCACAUCACUAUGAGAACGUUAACGACGCCCUGAAGUCACUGAGUAACGCAGACUUAGACAGAUUUGCUGACUAUGCAAGAUUACGUUUAACGCACAGACAGAAAUCUCAUACUUCACAAGGUAUUUCCACCAUGACUGACCGUCCACUACUUUAUGUACGCAAAAACCCACAACAAAUUAGCACAUUAACGGAAACUCUUUUUCCUUCUCUCUUGUACAGCGUCACCUCAACAGAAGAACGUGUGCUGGGACGGUGAAAUUUUGUCCAAUUACACUUUGGUCGGGGGCAUCAAUGCAGGGACAUUUAGUGAUAACGGGAAGACCACUAACAUGGACAUAUGCAUGCAGUUCUGUUGCAAGCGUGACUCUUGUGAUUUGGCAUUUAUGAUUGAGGACGAUUGUUAUUCAGUUUCGUGUAACAGUAAUGGGGCUUGUGAGCCGAGAAAGGCCCGACCUACUCAUUAUCUUCCUCGCAUUGCCAUAAGGAAGAAACCUCAAGGUAAGAAAGACCUUGUCGAGUAAAUGUGAUAUUCAUUUUGUCACGAGUGUUAGACAAAGAAGAAAUCUGAGUCCAGUGGAAGGAAUAGAACGGUAGCAGGUGACGUGCUCCCUUUCGCGGUCGCCCUAAGGUCGGUUCGGGAUAUUUUUGCCUAGGAUAUUUUUCUCUGGUUACUAAGCAGUCACAGCAUUGCGAUCGCUGGUUGAAGAAUUUACCCGGGACAUAAAAAAUUUAAGCUUGAAAACUUAUGUCAAAUACGUUUAAAAUCCUAAUUUAACUCAGGUCGAAAGUUGUGAGUGAUGCAACUUUUACCUCAUACUUCGGGGAGGCAAAACUUGUUUUGGGGCGAAGGAACUUGGGGCGACCGUGCAAGGGAUCGACGUCGCCUACAUCCAGAACUCCCCUUCUCCCUCAACAUGUAAGAUACAUGUGGUCUUAUUACCGAAAGACCACAUUCGUCGAGCCUUAAGAUGGCUUUGGGGUUUCCUAACCUGUAGUAGGAGACUCAGUGGCCUACGAGUUAGUGAGCUAGGUACCAGGUCGAGAAAGAGACUCGGCCGGUUCAUUGUGUUGUGUUCUUGAGGAAAACACCAUACUUUCAUUCUGCCUCUUUCCACCCUGGAGUAUGAACGGGUACCGGCGAAUUGUCAGGAAGCCUUGAUGAAGUGUUGAGGGUGACUUGAACAUGGACUGGCGUCCCAUCCAGGGGGGAGUAAUAAAACUCCUAGUCACCUCUUGCUAUAGAAACCGGUAUGAGCUACGGCUGGCCGGGUCACUUGACUCGAGUACAGAUUAAUUUUACAUUUUCCUAACCACGGGCCGUUCCUGAAAAACUGAGAUUGAUAUCGAUACCAUCACUUGUUGUUCACAGGAAAUUAUAACGUCAAAGGUAUUUUUACCGACAUGACAUCAACGCCAGGCACCACAACUCCGCUGACAUCAUCGGUGUCGCAAUCUUCGUCCCCGACGCCGGCCACCUCUCCUUCUCCCACUCUAUCAACAAUUUCAGAAGUUCACCAAGGUACUGAUUAUCAUUUGUAUUAGUUUUUCAUUUCGACAACAAGUUCGGGAAAAGUGUUAUUUCGGUUGUGAAACAGCUUUCUUCUAUGAACUUUUGUACGCUUUUUGAAAACAUGUCCUUUUCCUGAAGGAAGAAAUUUUAAUUUAGCUGCAGUAACGAUGAUCAAAGAUGUAUUUCGCAGCCAAAAAAUGCGCAAUAAGGCGAUAGCGGUAUACUUGGUCGUAACUACCAAAAAAUGAUGAAAACUAAAACCACCAGGUUAUCAGCUACGGACAGCUGAUUCUACCCGAUCUGGCCUCGUCACUAUGGUAUUGUUAACGUACGCAUUCAGUUUAUGUCCCUUGCGGAAUGAUGCAAAGUGUGGCACACUUACAACUCUGUGAAGUGACUGAGAUAACAAAAUGAUUACACUUUAACCAUAUAAUCAUUUUAUGGGGUCACAUUUCACCUGAAUAUCAAACUUGUAUCUCCUUACAUAUUUUUAGAUCUCUUUAUGAUGAAGUUAAGCAUUCCACUCGAAAUAAAUUUUAACCAUAUAGUUUUAAUCUCAGUCUCAAAUAUAUUCAAGGCCUGGCCACUUGAACUUAAAUUUCCCUUUCACCCAGCACUCUGCUUAAGCCAGACAUACCCAAAAUAUCUAGCUUUAUAGAAGAAUAGAUUCUUAAAAUUACUUAUUUGAGAGACCAGUCUUCCCCCCCCUUCCACUCUCUCCCCAGGCGAUAAAUAAAGAUCUAUUUGUCUACAAUUUCAGCUGAUUCAACCACAAACCCAACUGUCAAAGUGGCGCAUUCGUGUGAUGCCACACCCAUCGAGUACAACGUCACCCUUAAAAUGGGACUCCAUUCUGGAGUCUUUCAAAAAGUCGGUCGAGUAGACUCCAUGGACGACUGCAUAGAGAUGAGCUGUAAAGAACCACGGAGUGACGUUGCCUUCAUGUUAGGCAGCAUGUGUUAUGCCGUGCGCUGUUACAGCGCGGAUCUUUGCAAGACUGUCCCUAUCUUUGGAUCAAGUAUUUCUCGACUUAACUUGAAUCCUGCAAUUUCGUUUCUCAAAAAGAACUCGCAGUUUGGUAUAAGCUCUCUUGGUAAGUUCAUGCAGGUUACGAUUCUGCAAUUUAUGCACAGACCUAGCUCAAGAUAUCAGCUAAUGAUUCGGCUUUUACCAUUUGUUUGCUUAUUAAAUAUGCGCAUGUCAGCAAAUUUUUGGCACACUUAAUGUACCGUGUCAUGACACCUUGGUGCAUAUUUGCCCAUAGAGGGUCACAAUUUAUCAAGAAGUUGAUGCUAAAUCACAAUUGUAUGUAGUAAAUAUUGUUGAUUAGUAAUUAACAUUUCAUUCAAAUGUCGGUAGAAUCAUGUUAAUUAGAAUUAAGUGUUAUUUGAAGGCGUGCGACUAAGAUACAUCGUCUUUCAUUCAAACGAUAUUUUCUCAUUCUUUGUUAGAAAAGAAAUAAAUCUUUCAUCUCUUUCGACAUUUGUAGUUACAACGAACAACGACAUAGCUCAAGACAAAUGUCGCGACAGCACCAUCACCUACAACGUGACUUUACGUGGCGGGAUUGACGCAGGUAUUUCCCUUUUUCAGGCUUUACUUUCUGAGAAUGUUUUAACUGCUAAUAAACUUUUAGAAUUGACUUGCGACACAUCUUUCGCCUUGAUUUCAGGAAAUUUUACCGAGAGGUCUGGAGUGCUGUCGAUGCGAGACUGUAUCGGCAAAUGCUGUGACGACACGUCAUGUGACCUCGCUUUCAUGUUCGGAGAUCACUGUUACUCUGUAGAGUGUCAGAGUGAAAAGCUAUGUCAAGCUGUGUUGGCCAAACCGUCUCACCUUGAACCAAAAGUGUCCUAUGUUUCAAGGGGAUUUUAUAAUGAUAAAGACAAAGGUUUGUGUGGCUCGUGUAAAAUUUUUAGAGCACUUUUCACCUGACGAGAACCUUGGUAAUUACAAAUUACAGGAUCAUAGGUUUUAAGGAGAUGUGAUACUGAAAAGACACAUAUCAUGUUGCAUAACAUCAUAAAACGAACUCCCUCUCCCAUUUUAGGGACAAUGUUCUCCGCUAGCGACCAGACGCCGACAUGUCGGGCAGAUCAAAAGUCUCAGUCCAAGAUAUUCAGUAAUAAGACUUUAGUUGGAGGAUUAGAAGCGGGAAGGUUCAGUUUUGAGGGAGUCGUCAGGUACAGUUCAUUUAAAAGUUUUAUGACAAUAUUUAAAUAUAUGGUGUGCUUAGUACCUGAACGAGAAAUGUGAGUUUCUGAAAAGUUACUCUCUAACGACAGCUGUUUAGCUUUAGCACGAUGAUAGACCAUUGCUCUCAACUAGGCAUAAAGUGAGACGCGUAUCUGUUCAACCUCUCCACUAAAAGGUUUCUUUGCGCACCGACUGAAUUUUUUUUCUUUUCCAACUUUACUUCGUUAUCGCGAACAAAGAUAUUCUUAAGUCUGCGUACAAGACUGCACAACAUUACUACCGAUAAGCUUUUGGAUAUGUCCAGAAUGCCUGCCGUAACGAAAAUGGGGAAAAUGCGUCGAAAUCGUCAAAUACGCCAAGCUGAUUUUGCUUUGACGAAUUUGACCAAUAUUCGCUAAAAUCGUCAAAUCCAUCAACAUUCAGUCGGUUUGACGAAAUGUCGUUAAAUCUGCCAUUUUCGUUACUGCGUGCAUUUCUGGACAUAAGUGAGCUUUUGAUAACUUCCGAAGGUUUCCUCGGUUUCUUUGGCAUUUAGCGACAAGGGGUAUUGCUUCCUUCCCUAAAUUGUAUGCUUUACUCCUGGGUGCAGGCACUGUGAGGGUAAGAAGCUUGACUGUAAAUAUGACCGUGCCUCGCUUUGAACUGGACCUUUCGAUUUAGAGUUCAUUUGUCCUUUGCGUCUCUUCAUCCAUCAUUAUUUGCUAUAGCAAAAGGUUUUUACCUUUUUAUCGUGGCCAGAAGUUUGCUGGUUAGUGGGUCUCACUUUAAUUCAACGGAUUUUGUGUUUUCUUGGGGAGUUUAUGUCACAGUACCCCACUAAAAUUAAAUACGGAGAGACUGGGUUGGAUGUAAGAGAAUGAUAAAGAGCUUGCGAUUUGAUAUCUGACGGUUAUACAAGAAUUGUGUCAUUUAAUCCAAAAGGAGUUGUGCACCCCGUCCCCCCUCCCCCCCCCACCCACUCCUCCAUACAGUUAUCUUUUACUAGUUAUCUCUGUUAUUUGCUUCAGUGAUAUGCAUAUGUGUAUGGAUCGAUGCUGUGCACAGCAGGGUUGUAAUGUCGCUUACAUGGUUGACAAGAACUGCUUCUCUGUAGUCUGUUAUUCACCCUCGUUGUGUAAAAUAAGUGAUACGUCCUCAACGAAUGGCGACGUAGAGAUCUCCACUAUAUUCGAGAGUACCGCUGAAAGACCAGUUGAAAAACGUGAGUAGAAUCUGAGAAUAACGUGCUUUACUGAACGUUUCGGCAUCUUUCGUACCAUGAUGGCUACCGUUGAGAUUUUCUAAAGCUGACGUUUCGAGGGUUUGCUCUUCGUCAGAGCAAAGAGAGGAAUUGCGUAUUGUGUGUGUGUGUUUUAAAUGCAGAUAAUAUGGAGCCACGAUAUUGGCAGGAACAUGAUAACGUAAACACAAGAUUGAAUUAUUUGAAUGAAAAACUUUCGUUAAUGCCGUGGGGAUUAAAAGAAUGCCGAACUUUUGGAACUCUCGGAACUUCCUAUGUGUAGAGAAAGACCACAGACUGCCAUAUGUUGCUUUGAACGUUUUGGGAGAUUAAAGCGUCUAGCGAUUUGUUUAGAUGCGUUUUUUCAUUCCUUUCUACGUCACGAAAGUAUCCUAAGAGUCGGUGUCCAUGACGUCAUCUUUACUCUUUACAAUAGCCAUUCUAACUAACAACUCAGUUGAUAAGACCAAGUUAAGUUGCAAUCGCCCCACACCCUUUAUUCCUUUUCGUUUAGUUACUCUGAUUGCUUAAUUUGAUCUUUGUGGUUAUCUUUAGACUCCAUGGUGGUUUAUGUGAUAAUUGGUGUGGUCGGAUUCGCAGCAGGUGCUGGAGGGAUUUUAUGGGCCGUCUGCAUGUUUAUUCGACGGUAGGUAAACCUAGGUUUAGUUUGGUAAAAAAGAAUCAGAUUUGGAGACUACAUCUAUACGUACAGAUCUUAUUCCUAUGACAAUCCCUAAUCCGUCUUUAGCUAUUAUCGGAGCAAUUUUCCCAAUUAAGUAUCAAAAUCAAUCCAAGAUUACAUUGGUUUUUCUUUGUUACGCUCUGUAAUUGAUCUAGAAAGUUCGCUCUUAUCUCUCAACCAAUCAAAUACAAAACUUGGUCACCUGCGUUUUCCCGCGCUUUAGCCAGCUCACUUUUUACUGCUUCGCGUUUUCAUUGGCUCCUAUGAUAUUUUUCUUUCUUUUUAUUGGUCUUUGUGAUUACUUUGAUUUUGGUUCAACGACAUUCGAUAAGCUCUUCUAAUGAUCCCUGUUGUCGGGGAACAAUAAAGAUCACGAGAUAACCACUCUUGCUCACGCAAACAUCUCAUGCGUUAUCAAUUUAUUCUCCACCUAAGCAUUCUGCACGCUAUACAUGUGGCACACGUAACAUUGCCUACUAGGGAUCAUAUACCUUGAUUCUAAAUACGAUUUUAGAGAGAUUGGCUUAAGUAUAGCACUUAUAUAGAGGGUUAGUCUUACAGCCUAUCGCUGUUGCAUAAUAUGGUGCAGAGGUGUGCCAUUUGAGUUUAAAUGCUGGAGUUGAAAACUACCUCUAGAAUGAGUUGAUUAAAGUGCGAAAUGCUUAAAUAUGAGCAUAAAUAGUUUAAUGAAGAUAAGUCUUGUAUUUCAGGCACCGUUUACGAUCAAGGCACAGACAGGAUACGCAGUAGUUUUCGAGUAAGUUGUUUAUGACGCUUAGGUUUAAAUUUCGUCCUCAUCUCGCAAAGAGCUGCAAACAUUUAUGAAACCUCAGAAAAGAUUGUUUACCUUCCCUUAGCCCUACCAAAGUCGGGCUAGCUAUGCAAAUCACCUUUUAAAUCGCCUAAAAAAUUUUGCAUCGGAUUAGAGAUUUUGAAAGUGUCACAAUGAAAUUAACCUGAUCACCCCCUUAAGCUCUGUUUUAUUCUGAUACCCCCCCCCCACUCCUCGAUACUCUCUUAGCGACGACUGACCCCCCUUCCGUUUACUCUGAAAACCAUGUAAUCCCCCCCUCCUCCAAAACAAAAAAAGAAACAAAAAAUCUUCCUACCCCGGCAGGCGGUCAAUAAUGACCAUUCCCCAUGUGAAAACUGAUUCUCGUACAGAAUAUAUAAUCCGACAGGUUUUAAUGCGACGAUUUAUGUUAAAUUUGAUGUUUCCAAUUACCGUAAUGAUUCGAUUUAGCGCCCAGGGUGCUUCUCUAUUGUUGGUACCUCAAGGGAAGGUGCCUAUCAGGGUCACAGCGCUUGAUUAUUUUUUGAGAACAAGCAGAUUAUACAAAACAAAGCUUUGAUGUUUGUUUGAAAAAGAUCAAGGAGACUGGAAAACGGACUUGUUGUCCGGCCUAGAUCCUUCCUGGCUGUAACGACCAGCCAAGCUGUCGCCGCAAUUUUAAGACGAGGUCAUUCGUUUGAAGGAACUGUGCUCUCACGUGGACAUCAUGGUUCAGAGACAAAGACAGCUUUCUGAUAAUGAGGCUCUAAGUGAGAAGUAAAACGAAGAUGAACCACGGUUGAUCUCAAUGUUUAUGUACUCUAACGGUGCUAUCACUGAAUAGAGGCGCUCAUUGAAAUGAGGAUGCUUAGUCAAUGGGGGCACUUAUUAGAAUAGGGGCGAUUAUUAACAAAACAUGACAAAUUCGGGAGGACGUUCAAUAGAGAGGCGGCGCUUAAUAGAACGAGGGCGCUAAGUCGAAUUAUUAUGGUAUCUUAUUUAUUCAUUGCUAUUAGGAAUUUGAUGUUCAGUUUUCACUCCUUCUUUUCAGUGGGAAAGGAAAUAUUGCACUUUGACGAGGCCUAGCAGUAAACAGGCUGAAAGUUGUCUGCUUUUCAAACGAUCGGAAUUUGGUAAUUUAGCAUAGUUGUAUUUUAACUUCCUUUUGAAUUCAGCUUUCAAUCAAAUUCAGCUUGUUCAUUAGGGCUCUGGCACGCCUAUAGAGCUGCAAGACAUCUAAACAGACUACAGAAAUUUUCCUCCUAACAAGACGUCAUCAUAUUUAAUCCGAACGAAUGAGGACAUUCCUUUUUGAAACGGCCGAAGAAAGGCAACUCGUUCGAAGGCCCUCCUCUGGUCUACUUAAGCGAUGCUAAGAUUAUGAAUGUUUCUUAGUUCGUUAUUUUCAAGUCAUUGUUUAAGUGUUAGCAUUAAACCACUUUUUUUGUAUUUAUCCAGUUCAACACGCGUCCUUUAAAAGAGCCACAUAGCAGUACUUAGCCCAUCGCACAUCGUAGUUAGAGAUGAUCAGUGUAGUUUUCAUACCAAAGCAGACAAUGCACUUCUUAGGUAACUGAAGCACAGACGUUUGUGAGAUGAGCGCUCCUUUUCCCAGCGCUUACACAGCUCAGAUUUCUUCCGUGUGCAAUCUUAAGUUUAAAAUCUAGCAACGACUACUUACCAGUUUUUCAGUUGAUAUCGAAGCACGCCAAAAGUAAUUUCAUUCUAUUUCCUGUUGCGGCUAGCGUCUCUGCUUUGUUAUGGGAGUUAAAUCAUGUAGCCUUUUCUCAUGAGGAGAAGCAACCACUUGCAUAAUGUUAGCUUAUGUUGUAGAUGUUUUAAUUCGAAUUUAUUUCUUGGUUGUACAAGAUUUAGAGCAAGGUAUCUGUUGUUGUUUUUUGAUUUGGAAAACUGAAGUGUAGUAACAUUUAAAAUGUUACAGCACCAAAAGCGAAAGAAAUGCGAGAACCUCUGUAUUGCCGUUUUUUUUCUUCCUUUUGUCUUUCUGUCGUGUUAACAGAUAGCUUUUCGUAGUCGAUGAUUGCUCGGCCACGAAGUUGACCGAAGGCUCUGGAAGACAUAUACAAGAUAAUGCUUUGUUAUGAUCGGUUAUGAUGUCGU